AUGACAAUAGCUAAUUGCACCAGUUUUAAUAAUAAUAAUAUAUCUGCCAUUAUGAACACUUUUGGCAAACGCAGAGUUUAUAACAUUCAACACUCUACGAACGUGUCAGAGUUGUGGGGAGGUAAUGCAAAGGUACAGGGGAGCAGUAAUGUAAAGGUACAGGUGGGCAGCAAUGUAAAGGUACAGGGGAGCAGUAAAGUGAAGGUACAUAGGAGCAGUAAUGUAAAGGUACAGGGGAGCAGUAAUGCAUACGUUCAGGGGAACAGUAAUGAAAAGGUACAGGGGAACAGUAAUGAAAAUGUACAGGGGAACAGUAAUGUAAAGGUACAUGGGAGCAGUAAUGUCAUGGUACAUGGUAGCAGUAAUGUAAAGUUACAGGGGAGCAGCAAUGUAAAGGGGAGCAGUAAUGUAAAGGUACAGGGGAGCAGUAAUGUAAAGGUACAGGGGAGCAGUAAUGUAAAGGUACAGGGGAGCAGUAAUGUAAAGGUACAGGGGAGCAGUAAUGUAAAGGUACAGGGGAGCAGUAAUGUAAAGGUACAUGGGAGCAGUAAUGUAAAGGUACAGGGGAGCAGUAAUGUAAAGGUACAUGGGAGCAGUAAUGUAAAGGUACAGGGGAGCAGUAAUGUAAAGGUACAGGAAAACAGUAAUGUAAAGGUACAGGGGGCAGUAAUGUUAAGGUACAGGGCAGCAGUAAUGUAA